UGUUACAGCCGUCAUCCUCUCCAUGUUUACCAUCCCAUUGGUGGUUGGCAUCGUCAUUGUAAACUUGGCUAACAUCCCGUUGACUCCAGAGACCCAGCGGGACCAGGAGCGGCGGAUACGCAGGGAAAUCGCCAACAGCAACGAGAGACGGCGGAUGCAGAGCAUCAAUGCUGGCUUCCAGUCUCUGAAAACCCUCAUCCCACACACGGAUGGGGAGAAGCUCAGCAAGGCAGCCAUCCUCCAGCAGACGGCUGAGUACAUCUUCUCCCUGGAGCAGGAGAAGACUCGGCUACUGCAGCAGAACACCCAGCUCAAGCGGUUCAUCCAGGAGUUCAGUGGCUCCCCCCCGCCUUUUCGACGGGCAGAGGACAAGGAUGAGGGGAUCGGCUCACCGGACAUCUGGGAGGAUGAGAAGGCCGAGGAUCUGCGGCGGGAGAUGAUUGAGCUCCGGCAGCAACUGGACAAGGAGCGCUCAGUCCGCAUGAUGCUGGAGGAGCAGGUUCGCUCCCUGGAGGCCCACAUGUACCCCGAGAAGCUGAAGGUGAUCGCUCAGCAAGUGCAGCUCCAGCAGCAGCAGGAGCAGGUGAGGUUGCUGCACCAGGAGAAGCUAGAGCGUGAGCAGCAGAUCCGAACCCAGCUCCUGCCAUCACAUGCUCCCCCAGCGCCUACCCACCACCCCACUGUGAUCGUUCCAGCACCAACUCCCUCCCAUCACGUCACCGUGGUCACCAUGGGUCCGUCCUCGGUCAUCAACACAGUCUCCACGUCCCGGCAAAACCUUGACACCAUUGUUCAGGCGAUCCAGCACAUCGAGGGGAC